GUCAGUUGUAAAAAAGCUUAAGGUCGAACGACGUCCCCCUUCUGCUGCUCUUGCCCCUGGCCCAGCUUCCUUCUUUCUCAAUUUCUCAAUUAGUUUUAUCCUAGCUGCUUAAUAAUACUGUAUCGACAAUUUUAUUGAUAUUACAAUAUGGCUCAAAAUAUUGAUCCAGUCAACGGGUCCAACAAUAGUACGGCGAUGAAAGAUGGGGACGGGCCUGCGUCGGCCACGAAACACCAGUCGACCAGCAAACGAUUGCAGCAAGAGCUUCUUACACUCAUGAUGUCUGGUGAUAAAGGAAUCUCUGCUUUCCCAAACGGUGACGAAUUUUUUUCAUGGAUUGGCACAAUCAUUGGCCCAAAGGGAACGGUUUAUGAUGGUUUAAUAUAUAAACUUAGCCUCACCUUUCCAAAUGGCUACCCUUUUACUGCCCCAACAGUCAAGUUUGUCACUCCUUGCUUCCAUCCUAAUGUGGACACAUAUGGUAACAUCUGCCUGGACAUACUCAAGGACAAAUGGUCUGCUCUCUACGAUGUCAGGACAAUCCUUCUGUCCAUUCAAAGCCUGCUUGGAGAUCCCAACAAUGACAGCCCUCUGAAUGGCCAAGCAGCUCAACUAUGGUCUGAUCAAGUUGCCUACAAGAAAUUACUGCUUGAAAAAUUUCAAGACAUCAAAUCCUGAACCCAAUCUGAGGUUUUAUACCAUCAUCAUCGUUCCAUAGCUAUAAUACAAUGUCACUCUUCCAAUGUUUACAGAAAUUCUUGGUUUCCUAAUUUCAAGUCUUUUAAUUGUGCUGUAAUGGUGCCUGUUCUAAAAAAAGAAAAAUAGAAGCAAAAUUUUGCAUUCCA